AUGCACUCAGCAGAGGCACAAUUGACAGAACUAGCUGCCACUGCCAACAAGGACAAGGACGACCUCCGCCUACUGGUAGUUUCAAACCGCUUGCCUGUAACCAUCACCAAGGAUGCCUCUGGCGCCUAUCAGUACAAGAUGUCCUCUGGAGGACUGGUCUCAGCUUUGUCUGGACUGAAGCGAAUGAUGAAAUUUACAUGGAUUGGUUGGCCAGGAAUCGAUAUUCCACUUGAAGAGAGAGCACUUGUCCAGAAGGAGCUUCUAGAAAAGCAUUCAUGCAUGCCAGUCUUUAUCGACGACGAGAUUGCAGACAUGCAUUAUAAUGGGUUCUCAAAUAGCAUUCUCUGGCCUCUCUUCCACUACCACCCCGGUGAGAUCUCGUUCAAUGAAGAUGACUGGGGCGCAUACCAACAGGCGAACCAGCUCUUUGCCAAGGCUAUCAAUGAAAUUGUCCGUGAUGGUGAUCUAGUCUGGGUCCAGGAUUAUCAUUUGAUGCUUCUACCUAAACUUCUUCGAGAAGAAACCGUUGUCCAAGGACCCUCCGGGCGUGCGAGGAACAUCAAGAUCGGUUUCUUCUUACACACGCCCUUCCCCAGUAGCGAGGUGUAUCGUAUUCUGCCUGUGAGAAAAGAGAUCUUGCUCGGUGUCCUCAACUCGGACUUAAUUGGAUUCCAUACCUACGACUAUGCCCGCCAUUUCCUCUCUUCUUGCACACGCAUUCUUGGUCUUUCGACCAUGCCAAACGGUGUCGACUUCCAAGGCCGAUAUGCUCAUGUUGGGACAUUCCCCAUCGGUAUUGAUCCUGAAAAGUUUGCAGAGGGCUUAAAGGAACCUACUGUCAUCGAGCGUAUCAAGACUCUUCGUGAGAAAUUUAAGGGCGUUAAAUUGAUUGUUGGUGUUGAUCGUCUGGACUACAUCAAGGGUGUCCCUCAAAAGCUUCAUGCGCUUGAAGUAUUCCUAUCCGAGCAUCCUGAAUGGAUCGGCAAAGUGGUAUUGGUGCAGGUCGCUGUUCCUUCGCGUCAGGACGUUGAGGAAUACCAGAGUUUACGUGCUGAGGUCAAUGAAUUGGUCGGUCGCAUCAACGGAAUGUAUGGCACAAUUGAAUUCCAGCCCAUCCAUUUCUUGCACAAGUCUGUUAACUUCCAGGAGCUAGUGGCCCUCUAUGCUGCCUCAGAUGUUUGCCUGAUCUCGAGUACUCGUGAUGGAAUGAACUUGGUUAGCUAUGAGUACAUCUGUUGUCAGCAAGAAAACCAUGGUGUUAUGAUCCUCAGUGAAUUUGCUGGCGCUGCUCAGAGCUUGAACGGAUCAAUUAUUGUCAACCCAUGGAACACUGGUGAGCUUGCGGAUGCCAUCCAUGAAGCAGUGACCAUGCCUGAAGAGACAAAGAAGAGCAACCACCAGAAGCUCUUCAGAUAUGUAAACAAGUACACGGCCGCAUACUGGGGCUUGAGCUUCGUGAAUGAGUUGAGAAGGGUAUCAGAAGAGUUUGACCAUCGUAUGGCUUUACCUAAGCUGACGAUUAGACAUGUUUUGCAGGCCCGCAAUAAUUCGACUCGUAAUAAGGUUGUCUUCUUUGACUACGACGGCACUUUGACUACUACUCACAAGCUCCCUGAGUUUGCCAACCCUGCCAGUCGUACAAUUGACAAGCUGCGUGCACUGGCUGCUCAGCCAAAUACUUUUGUCUACAUUCUUUCGGGUCGUGACAGGAAACACUUAGAUGCAUGGUUCCGUGACUGUAAUGUGGGUCUGUCUGCAGAGCAUGGAUGCUUCUACAGGCAUCCUACUAGUGUCGCCAAAGCAAUCAAACCCGCUUCAGAUUCUCAAGAUCCAACCAAGUCUGUCAAGGAUGCUGGAGAUGGCUGGUUCCGUUCUGUUGAUCAAGUUGAUGCCAGUUGGCGCGAGACCAUCCGUCCACUGUUCAAGCACUAUACUGAACGCACCCCUGGCAGUUUCAUUGAAGAGAAGGAGAUUAACAUGACAUGGCACUAUCGUGAGGCAGACCCUGAGUUUGGCACAUGGCAGGCGACUGAAUUACAGGUCAACUUGGAAAAGCUGUUGGCUCACAUGGCAUUAUCAAUCAUUUUGGGCAAUAAGACGCUGGAGUUGCGACCUAGUAGCAUUGACAAAUCAACGAGCGUCAAGGCCAUUCUGAGAGACCUUCAAGCUGACGUUGGUCCUGUUGACUUUAUUUUGUGCGUAGGAGAUGGAAAGACUGACGAGGCUGUGUUCUCGUGUCUUGGAAAUGAAAGUAUUGUGGGGCCUGAUGCUAAGGAGGUGAUCACAUGUACUGUAGGUCAAAAACAGACAGAGGCCAAGUUCUAUCUUGCGGAUGUUCCGGAAGUUGAGAAGCUCCUCGAGGAUAUGUCAAAGAGCUAGACAAGGAUGGUUUGUUCACUGAUAAAAUUUUGAUUGCAGCAAUCUGUCAAUAAAAAAAAUCGAAAAAAGGACUGUCUAAUCACCAAAUUACAAAUACAAGACAUGGCGUG